GCUGGUUUACCAUUAGUUUGUUUGUGACAGAAAAAUAAAAAGCUAGUAUAAAAUGUUGACUUCAAUGGUGAAGGAGCAUCAUGCUAAGCAAUCAAAGCGCAAGCAAGAGCAAGAAGUGCGUCGCAAAGAAGCCAUUGAAGCCUCCAACGAGCUUACACAAUCGCUAGUUGAUCACUUGAAUGUGGGUGUGGCCCAAGCAUAUUUAAAUCAAAAACGAUUGGAUGUAGAGGCCAAACAGUUGCAUGUUGGUGCCACAAACUUUGCCAAACAGACGCAUCAAUGGCUACAAUUGAUUGACAACUUCAGCAGCGCAUUAAAGGAACUUGGAGAUGUGGAGAACUGGGCUCGCAGUAUAGAAGGCGACAUGCAAGUUGUACAGCAGACCCUGGAGCUUGCCUACAAGACGUCGCGGGCAACGCAGGUGACAACAGGUGCUACAACAUCUGCAGCAGCAGCCCCCUCAAAAUGCUCAGCACCAGCAGCAGCCAAUCCAAAUUGAAGACAAUUUAGUCAUGUGUAUUAAUACAAGCGACCCUAAAAUGUUGUGUAAAAAGACCCGCUGAAUUAAGGCAACAUGAGCUGAUUUGUUUAAAGUAGUUUAUUUUAUUGUACAAUUACUAUCUAAAAUACACAGUGCAGGUAAAAUGUACACUUUGCUGAUUCGGUUGCGUUGGCCCACAACUGCAUUUAAAUACAUAUUACACGUUAAGCACA